GUGGGCCUGGCACCAACUCCAGGGCCAUGGAGAACCUCUCCCUCCCGGAACUCAAUUCCUCAUGUGUGGCUGGACCCAGGGGCUGCACAGAGGGAGGGGACGGGGGGCUGAAUACAUCUACUCCCCAGCUGAUUCCCAGCUUCUACAUCACCGUGCCUGUCAUCUACUCCUUCAUCUGUGCUGUGGGGUUGACAGGCAACAGUGCUGUCAUCUACGUAAUCCUUAAAGCUCCAAAGAUGAAGACAGUCACCAACAUCUUCAUCCUGAAUCUGGCCAUAGCAGAUGAACUCUUCACCUUGGUGCUACCCAUCAACAUUGCCGACUACCUACUCCUACAGUGGCCUUUUGGUGAGUUCAUGUGCAAGCUCAUCAUCUCCAUAGACCAGUACAACACCUUCUCGAGCAUCUACUUCCUCACUGUCAUGAGCAUCGACCGCUAUCUGGUUGUAAUGGCCACUACCAAGUCCAAGAAGAUGUCCUACCGCACCUACCGAGCAGCCAAGAUAGUCAGCCUCUGUGUCUGGUCCUUUGUCACUGUCAUCAUUCUGCCCUUCACCAUCUUUGCUAAGGUACACAAGGAGCAGGGGCGCUCCCAGUGUGUCUUUGUGUUCCCCCACCCGGAAAGUGUGUGGUGGAAAGGCAGUCGGAUUUACACCCUCAUUUUAGGCUUUGCCAUCCCAGUGUCCACCAUCUGCAUCCUUUACACUGCCAUGCUGUACAGAUUGAGACACAUGCGCCUCCAUAGCAAUGCAAAAGCCCUGGACAAAGCCAAAAGAAAAGUGACCCUGAUGGUGGUUGUCAUCCUGGCUGUGUGUCUGUUCUGCUGGACGCCCUACCACCUUAGUACAGUGGUGGCCCUCACUACAGACAUCCCGCAAACUCCGCUGGUCAUUGGAAUUUCCUACUUCAUCACUAGCUUGAGCUAYGCCAACAGCUGCUUCAACCCUUUCCUAUAUGCCUUUCUGGAUGACAGUUUCCGGAAGAACUUUCGCAAACUGCUAGAAUGCAGAACUACCCAGUAGAGCCCAUCCGCCAU